CCCGACUCAUUUUGACCAACACCAAUGAAGUCAAGCUACUGACCAUACAACCGAAGACCGAGAGCGAGCCAAAUAAAAAAGCCCGUUUCUUGAGUAAGUUUUCACCUGCCGUGUCUGGUCAAGCAGCUGGCAUCGAUUCUUCGGGAAGUUAAGCUAUCGAUCGGCUACAACUCAUGAUGCCCGAUCAGAAGGCGAUAGUCAAGAAUGCUGAUAUGGAUGAGGAUAUGCAACAAGAGGCAGUAAAUUUGUGUAAUCUUGCUAUGGAGAAAUUCAAAAUGGAAAAGGACAUUGCUGCGUUUAUGAAGAAGGAAUUCGAUAAAAAGUACAAACCUACUUGGCAUUGUAUCGUGGGAAAAUGCUUUGGCAGCUACGUGACACACGAAACAAAACAUUUCAUCUAUUUCUAUUUUCGAAAUAAUGCUGUCCUUCUUUUCAAGUCU